AUGGGAUGGGGGGUGCUGGCGCAGAGAGCGUGGCGAGCGAUUUCUUGGUGCUACCUUCGCGAGAUGUCGGCUGAUGCCGCGUUCACGCUUGAGGACCACUUUGGAGCUUUUGUGGUCAUUUUCAUGGGUGUCUGGUUGGUGACUCUCUUGUGUAAGCAAGACAGUGCCCACAACAAUACCGUUAUUUUGCAACGCAAUUAUUUUAACAAAACAAUAAACUACAAAAAGACAGUAUUGAGAACAGGAGUGAAGGAUGUAUUAUCAGAUACCUGUAUCGUGGCGGACUCUCGUGGAACUUGGAAUACUUUUAUGAGGGCACUGGCAACGAUGCAAGACAGCAGGAUGCGUGAAAUACGCCAUCUAUUUUGUCUCAUAUUUUUUUCACCCAUUGAGAACCGGCGUGGAGUUUCCUGGCUUUCUCUUGAGAUUGUUUCCUGGCUUUCCCAGGCUUCUUCCAAAGUAAGACUGCUUUGA